CUAAGUGCGAUCUGUUGUUGAGUGAUUCCCAAGCAUGCAGAGUAGAACUGCUCCAUCGGGUCCUCAAGGCUGUGACUUUUCGGAAGCAGAUUGCCAGGUCUUUCUUCAAGUUGCCAAGAGCAAGUCAAAAACCAUUCUGGUGAAAAUGUUGAGCCAAGCUGGAACAGGUUAUACCUUCAACACCAAGAGAGGCCGACUACGGGAGAAACUGACUCUUUUGCGUUAUGAUCCCGUUGUGAACAAAAAAGUCCUCUUUGUGGAACUGAAAAAAAUACGCUCCCUCUAAACAAUGGAUUGAAAAUGAAUUUGAUUUAUAAAUGAGAAGACUGAUUCAGAAAUCCUGCGGCAUGUAAUAAAAGAAGAGGAAAUGGCAUGGAAUCACUGCCUCCUGUGAUUUGAAGGCCAUUGUGAAGGGAAACAAUACAGUGAAAGAAAGUUCUUCAUAUUAGGACAUAGACCAUUGCAUCACAUUUAUUUAUCUUCCUACAUAUUUUUAUAGCCCUUAAUAAAAAAUAUUAAAAUAGCCAGUG